UUGGCUGCUGGCAACGUCAAGCCAAGAAGAGGAAAAGAAACAUCAAAGUUGUCCUCCAGCAUCGGACGCAGCGAUGGAGAUGCGGACGCAGCAUCCAUCUCCUCUACCAACUAUUUUCUUUUGUGUGUGUGUGUUCCAUCCUGCUGGCUGGAGACUAGACUAGAUGAUCCUCUCCGCCGCACUCUCCUCCCAGCUCUCAUCUCUGCGCGCUCUCCGUCGCCGCGUCAAGGCGUCGGCGCGCGCAGACCCCGAGCGCAGCAGUCGGAAAUCCCUUCCCUACCGUCUCGUCGAUGUCUUCCUCCGCACGUGGGACCUGGGCUUUACGGCCUUUGGCGGUCCGCCGGUGCACUUCCAGAUCUUGCACAGUCGGUUCGUCGAGGGGGAGGGGGGGAAGGAGGAAAUGGGUUGAUGAGCAGACUGUACGGCAGAAAAAGAAAGAUAAUAAUG